AUGUUUUCGAUCUUGAUUUGUUUUUGUAGAGGGGUUCAGAAGCUUACAAUUUCGCCGGGCUACCCACAAACGCUUCAUAUUCCUCAAGAAGGCCUAGAUAUAAUCCCAACUACAAGUUCAAUCUUAUAUUUUCCCGAUUCUUCACUACAACGGAUUGACAUCAUUGAAAAGUAUGUAUUUACAAUUCCAACAGAAACUUUCAGAAUUACACCACUAAAUCACCAGGCUGUCGAUAUAGAAAUUGGUCUUUUAAAUACUCCUUCUCGAUCAUGUCAAUGGAAAGUUGUUUACGAUCCAUAUUAUUCAAUAGCAGCCAACGGGACAGAGGAUAACAAAGUAUAUUGCUAUGCAUUUUUCAACCAAGAACCAUCAAAAACAUUAUUCGUAAUAAGAACAAUAGAUAUCGAUGAUGACGACUCAGUUCACGUAUAUACUGACAAUAAUCAACUUGUUUACACAAUGGCUCCUUAUGAUACUUUCAAAUAUAAUGCGAACGCAUUUACAUUGAUUUAUCGCACUGACAGCUAUUUCGUUGAAGGCACAAUCCUUAUUUAUGACUCCGGAGUUUAUUUGGAGCCAAAAGACUACUCCUAUGACGUUGCAGAACGAACAGAAAUAAAUUGGAUGCCAAACCAUUAUUUAAUUAUCCACAAUCCAGAUGAUUUUGAUAUUUGGACUCCAGACCACGUAACGGCAUAUCAAAACAAAGCAUUUAUGAUAAAUCAAAUUUCGACCGUAUUAAUUACUCCAAUUAACGGUUCUCAUAAGAUCUACUUCUCAGUUAUAAUGCAGUCAAACGAAGAAUGCCGAGAUACAUUCAUUUACAAUGGAAAUAACGCUUCAUUUUUACUAAAUACAGAAAAUCUCCAUAAUAUUUGUCUUAUAUUAUCAAGUCCAUAUGUUAUUGACUAUUACUUCUACGUACAGAACAUUGCUGAUGAAAUUCAGCUUUACAAGCCAAAUGGAAAUUUCAUUGUCGGACUUACAGACGACAUAGGCUAG